AUGAAAUCUAAUGAAGUCAUAAUUGAACAUUGGUAAGGCUUAUUUUAGCAAGGACUGUAAAACUCAUAACUGAUGCACAAAUCAUGAUGAAGAAAAAUAUGUAUCGUUGUGUGAAAAAUUAAAAGAAGAAAUUGAAUCGUUAUGCCCUGAAGUGUUGGUAUUAAUCAACCAAGAAACACCUAUGGUUAGAGAAGUCCUUUAUGGAGCUUCGGUAUACUCGAGCCCAAAAUCAAUAUUUCCAAGACUAGGGGCAUUUGAAGUGUAUUUUAGAGGAGAUAUUGUAGUAUCAAAACUGCAAUCUGCACGAUGACCAAAUGUUAGAAUGGUAGCGCAGAAGAUAAGGAGAAUUUUAGAUGGCAAAGAAGCUUCCCCUUAUCGACCUAAUUCUGUGCUGCAAAAUUCAGGGUUUGAUUAUGGGAAAUACUCUCCUUUGCCUCACUCCCUUGGCUGCGAGCAAAGCCAUGUGAAAGCCCUUUUUUGGGAAAUUAGCCAUUUUAAUUUUAAUUAUUUAUUCUUUUAAAAAUAUUUCAAAAUAUAAUUAAUAAUUUAUUACUUUGACUCUUAGCAUAAAUUUAAUAAGUCUCCUACUCAAAUAUUUUCUAACUUCUAUAUUUUAAAAUCAAAAACAAUUGAUUUAUAUAAAAAAUUUAUUUUAGUGGCGAAAAAUAUGGCUCACGAGUCAAAGGGGAAUUUAGUUUAAUUUUGCAAAAAAUUCUUGAAGAACAAAUAAAAGUAUGUACGCAGAUAUUAGGUCUGUUAGGUCAAAAAGUAUUGAAAGCAAUCUUAAUACGAUUAAAAAGCCAAAGAAUAAUUCUGGCUGGAAUCAUAAAGUAAUGAUGCAACAAAUUGGCAAAAAAAUGAUUAAUCAAAAUUUCCAGAUCUCUACCUCUGAGCAAUUUUUAUACAAGCUUUUAAUUUUUUAAAUUCUAUGUUUAAAUAAUUAAAAAUAUUUUUCCGAUUUUUAUUUGCAAAUAUUUGACUAAUUUAGCUUGGAAAUCUAUGCUUAAAAAGUAAAAUUUAAAAUUAUUAGCUGGAUCUCGUUAUGUAAAUUUAUUAAUUAUAUAUAAAAAUUUAUAUUAGCAAAUAUUUUACUCGCAUUUUCCCAGUGAUUUUGCUCACUUUAAACAGGAUGAGUAAGCUAAACGAUAUGAUUCAAGCUGAUACAGCAGCCAAUUCUAGUAAAACAAACCAAAUUCAAUCACCUAUAAAUCAAAGUGAAGGGCACUAA